AUGGCGAGAUACGCUGCUGGUACGGUGGAUUGUCCCGGCUCUCCCAAAUCUGUGCGAAUCGUUGUGAUUGGUGACAAGGGCACUGGAAAAUCCAGCUUGAUUGUCGCUGCAGCCACCGAUUCUUUCCCUCCCAAUGUCCCUCCCGUUCUUCCUGAUACCAAGUUGCCUUUUGAAUUCUUCCCCGACGGUAUACCUGUCACCAUUGUUGACACUUCCUCGAGGCAGGAAGAUAGGGACAUGGUUGCUGAGGAAUUGAAGCACGCAGAUGCAGUGGUUUUGACAUAUGCCUGUGAUCGACCUGAGACUCUCGAACGUUUGAGCACAUACUGGCUUCCAGAGCUUCGGCGAUUAGAGGUUAAAGUUCCUAUUAUAGUAGCAGGGUGUAAGCUUGACUUCAGAGACGAUAAUAACCAGGUCAGCCUCGAACAAGUGAUGUCACCGAUAAUGCAGCAGUUUCGGGAGAUUGAGACAUGUAUCGAGUGCUCUGCCCUGAAGCAACUCCAGGCUCAAGAAGUUUUCUAUUAUGCACAAAAAACUGUCCUUCACCCAACAGGACCUCUGUUCGAUCAAGAAUCCCAGGCUCUGAAGCCCCGGUGUGUAAGGGCCUUGAAGCGUAUCUUCAUACUCUGUGACCAUGACAGAGAUGGUGCUCUUAGCGAGGCUGAGUUAAAUGAUUUUCAGGUCAAGUGCUUCCAUGCACCAUUGCAGCCUUCUGAAAUCGAAGGGGUUAAGAGGGUUGUGCAAGAAAAGUUGCCAGAAGGUGUGAAUGAAAGGGGACUGACAGUGACUGGCUUCCUGUUUCUACACGCACUUUUUAUUGAGAAAGGGAGGCUUGAGACAACGUGGACUGUACUUAGGAAGUUUGGGUAUAAUAAUGAUAUAAGACUCGCUGAUGAAUUGCUUCCGUCUUCAUUAUUCAAGCGAGCUCCCGAUCAGAGUUUUGAGUUGACAAGUGCAGCAAUCGAAUUCCUGAAAGGAAUGUAUAUGUUGUUUGAUGACGAUGAGGAUAAUAAUCUGAGGCCUCAAGAGAUCGAAGAUCUAUUUUCAACUGCACCUGAAAGUCCUUGGAAGGAAGCUCCUUAUGAGGAUGCUGCGGAGAAAACUGCCCUUGGAGGACUAUCUUUUGACGCUUUCCUGUCACUGUGGUCACUGAUGACACUAUUAGAACCGGCUCGGAGUGUGGAACAUUUGAUCUACAUUGGAUUCGCUGGUGAUCCAUCUUCUGCCAUUCGUCUUACUAGGAGAAGACGUUUAGAUCGCAAAAAGCAACAAUGUGAAAGAAAAGUAUUACAGUGCUUUGUUUUCGGACCCAAUAACGCCGGAAAAUCUGCAUUGCUGAACUGCUUUCUUGGAAGGUCAUAUGCUGAUAACCAAGGAUCGACUACUGAUGAGCGCUAUGCAGUAAAUAUGGUCGAUGAAUCUGAGAGUGCAAAGAAAACUCUUGUCAUGAGGGAAAUUCCAGAAGAUGGGGUUCAAAAGCUAUUUUCAUCCCAGGAAUCCUUGGCUGCAUGUGACAUAGCUGUCUUUGUGUAUGACAGUUCUGAUGAGUCGUCAUGGAAGAGAGCGACUGAGUUACUUGUAGAAGUUGCAACUCACGGUGAGGCCACUGGAUAUGAGGUCCCUUGUCUCAUGGUUUCUGCAAAAGACGAUCUUGAUUCAUUCCCAAUUUCCAUACAAGAAUCCACCAGGGUGACACAAGAUAUGGGAAUAGAGCCUCCAGUAUCCAUCAGCUCCAAGUUGGGGGAUUUCAACAACCUAUUCCGCAAAAUCUUAACAGCAGCGCAACAUCCUCAUUUGAGUAUUCCAGAGACCGAAGCAGGAAAAAGCCGCAAACAUUACAACAGACUUAUCAACCGCUCUCUCAUGGCUGUUUCAAGUACUUGGAGCUGCUGCUGUGGUCGUUGGGCUGGCUGCAUACCGUGUGUACGCCACAAGGAAGAGCGCUUCUGCCUGAGAAAGAUUGAUAGUGAAGAUUCCAUUUUAUCUGAAGAAGAUAGCAAAUCUCUUGUUCUGAGUUUGUUUACCAUUCCCAAGUUUUAA